CAGUUCAACUCAUAAAAGAAAAGGCAGUGAAAUUCUCCUCUAUGGAGCAUCUUCUUCAUCAAGCUUCAGAGGUAUGUGCCGUAAUGCCCUGUCAACUGGACUGGUAUCAACUGAACUGCAAUGGCUGGGCAUUUUGGAGCAUAAAACAAGACGAUGAGUUGCAGUACCAGCGAUCGAUUUCCCCUAUCAUGUCUGCUACUGUUGCUGCUUAUUCUGUUGUUUCCAGUUCUGUAAUGGUGAAAUUGAGGAUCAAAUCUGUUCUUGAGAAAAUGUGGAGUCCACAUAUAUCUCUGGUUCAAUUUUGGGCACCCAUCAAGGUCAACGGAUCGAAUUUCCUGUCCACUGCAGAUCAACUAUUUGUUUUCAGUAAGGAACUUGAUAAGAGGUUGUGUUCAUACAGGAGGUUCUGUCUCAAUACUUUGAUUCCAAUUGACGAGUACAAGGAAGGUCUACUUGGACGAGUUUCCACAAGUUGCUCGCCAGAAUGUAACCCCAACCUCCCAAGUUACUCCGCUGCAGAGUUUCCACUGCUUCAAAGUGGAAUUCGAUUGGGAAUCCAUUCUUAUUAUGCAAUUCCAGUGUUCAACCUCCAUGAUCAGCGGUACCUUGGUGUACUUGAGAUUGUAUCUACAAAAUCAGCUCUACGUCUUCCCCAACUUAUUAAGGGGUUGAAUUCCAAAUCAUUUGGGUUGUAUAGCAUUUGUAACUCAAGGGAGGACAUGUAUUUUGGACUUUCAGAGCCGCUGGUCGAUGAUAGACUUGACGAACUAGAGAUCGGGUUAUAUGAGAUCCUUAAAAUACAUAAUUUACCCUUUGCUCAAAUUUGGAUUCCUUAUUCUCAAUCCGGCUCUUCAAAAGUCCUGUGUUGUGCUGGCGCCUCCAUCUAUGAACAUUCGAGUUCAAUGUAUCAUGAGUUUGAAGAUGUUUCUGAGGCCUGUUUUAUUGAGAACGGUAAGGCAUUGGUCGGGAGGGCAUUUGCAUCCCAAGGUUGAUG